AUGUGGGCCGUUGUGGCGGCCUGUGUGUGGGUGUGCGUGGUGGCCACACCGCAGCCGCUGCACCUCGAAAGGGACUCUUACAGACGGCCCCAGGCGGCCGCCUGGCAGAAGAGGCUCGCCGCCUCCUCAGUCUCCUCCUCCGACCAGCAGAACCCCCCCGAAGAGUUUUCCGACUUCUCGCAGCACCUCCCCCAGCUCUCCGCUGUCAAUUCCCAGCUCAUGCUGCGCUCCCCCAGAGGACAGCGUCAGUACGACGUCCCCCAAAUAGGUAGGAACCGUUGCACCAAAAAAGUACCCAUUUUCUCGCAUCCCCGUGCUGUUAAUUGCUCCAGAGACGGAUCCCGUUACCGUAACGUUAUACUGUACACUCCCAAUAUUCCCGUGGGCGAUUUGGAGCUAUUAACAGCACUUUUUUUGUAUGAAAUUUAA